CUAGCGGCCGUGUUGUGUCGGUUUAGAGAAUCAUUAUAACUCACGACCCCCGGAGACUUCUCGAAGAAGGUGAAGUAUCUCCAAGAUUCAAUGGUGAUUCCGGCGACUUCUGGGUUUGGGUUUCGUUCUGAACUCAGCACCAAGGAGUUUCAAGCUUUCUGCAUCACUCUCGCUAAUGAAAUCGAUGCAGCUGUUGGGAAAAAUGAAGUUCCAGGGAAUGUUCAAGACCUGGCUUUAGUCCUCAAUUAUGUGUGCCAUCGUAUAUGUGAUGAUCUUCAAACGAGGGCGGUGGUAAUGACGCUGAUGAUCUCAGCUAAGAGUGCUUGUCAGCUUGGAUGGUUCCCACAGACAGAGACUCAACAACUGUUGGAUAUCAUAGACUUGAUGUGGAAUAGUUUCAGCAGUCCUGAAAUUGUCACUCCUAAUGUAGAUAGUCCCGUCAGUCUAAUUUCGGAGGUUAUAGAGAAGUUCUAUCCAUGUGUGAAGCUGGGGCAUAUUGUUCUUUCUUGUGAGGCGAAGCCAGAAUCAAAGAUAUUGGUGAAGGAUUUCCAUAUUUCAAAGAAGAUGCCACAUUCUCUUAAACAGAAAGUAGGAUUAUUUGUUGUCCGGACUGAAGACAUCAGCAAGUCUAAUUGUAUUGUACAUCCACAAAAAGUCAGCUUUUUGUUGAAUGGAAAGGGCGUUGACAAGAGAGUUAACAUCUCAAUGGUUUGUGCAUUUUGUUUAUUUCUCGGAUAUGGUUUAGAAGUACUUACUAUGAUGCAAGUAAUUGUCGUUGUCAUUUCUUUUCAGGAGUCAGGGCCGCAGCUUCCGACGGAUGUUACUGCCCUGGUCAACGCUGGGGCAAAUCUUCUACAAGCAAUAGGCUGUUUUGGAGGUAGUUACUUAAUUGCUAUUGCUUUUAUCGAUGUCAUACCGCUGCCAGACAAACCGUUGCUUAAAGAUUACGUUCAUCCUGAAGUCAUUGAAUCAAAUUCAGAUUGUGACAUAAUUGAGGGGCCAUCAAGGAUAUCUCUCAGUUGUCCUAUCAGCCGAACGCGUAUCAAACUUCCUGUGAAGGGUCAUGUCUGUAAACAUCUUCAGUGUUUUGACUUUUGGAAUUAUGUCAACAUGAAUUUGAGACGACCAUCAUGGCGCUGCCCGCAUUGCAAUCAGUCUGUUUGCUAUACUGACAUCCGUGUAGAUCAAAAACUUAAAAAGAUUCUAGAAGAGGUGGGAAGUAGCGCUGCUGAUGUGGUUAUCACUGCUGAUGGAUCAUGGACGGUUGUAACAGAGAACGAUGAGGACGUGGAACUAGUACCUGAAACCACUCAUGACCAUGGAGAUCCAAAUAGUUUCAUCAACUUGGGGCCUACUGUUUUGCAUCUUCCUAGAGAUGAGAAUGAAAUGGAAACAUCCAGUGGCACGCAAGUCCAUGAACAGAAUCUUUGUUUAUCUGAGAUUCAGGCUCCGUCAUAUAACGCACAUGAGCCUACUACAGAUUAUACUAUGCUUAACCACUCGUCUGCGUCAAUCAACACACUGCCACAAUUGCCAGAAUCUUUGAAUGCGUUUGAUGGGCAACAAUUCUUACCAUCCUCAUCUCCACAAGAUAGAUUAGCUACUAAUGCGUCAAACUUUGACACAUCAAUGCCGGUUGCUCAGUCUUCUCAGUUUCAAGGCUCACAUGUUAUGCCCCUUGAAAAUUGUGUAGGAAGAACCUCUGAUUUGAUGGAGAGAUGGAACCUCAUCCAUGGACGUGGCAUUAAUCAGACUCAAUUGCCAUCCGCGCCUCUGUCGCAGCAUCAUUAUGCAAUGCAGAAUUUGAGCCAGUCCCCUGCACAGCAUAGACCAAUUCCAUCUUACAUUGCACAUCCUCAAACUUUACCUGUCAACUACGGAGGGAACGCUUACCAAAGAUCGAUGCCACCGAUGCCACAUUCCAUUACAUACAUCCAAUCAUUACUUAACUACGGAGGGAACUCCCACGGAAGACCAAUGCCAUCUUCCAUUACACAUAGCCAUACUUUACCUGUCAGCUACGGAGGGAACGUCCACCAAAGGUCGAUGCCGUCUUCCAUUACACAUCUCCAAACUUUACCUGUCAACUACGGAGUGACCGCCGACCAAAGAACGAUUCCAUCUUCCAUGUCACAUAUCCAAACUUUACCUGUCAACUACGGAGGGACCUCCGACCAAAGACCCAUGCUAAGACCGAUGCCAUCUUCCGUUACAAAUCUCCAAACUUUACCUGUCAACUACGGAAGGACCAACGACCAAAGACCCAUGCUAAGACCCAUGCCAUCUUCCAUUACACAUCUCCAAACUUCAUCUGUCAAUUACGGAGGGACCAACGACCAAAGACAUAAUCCUGGUGGUGCAACGGGACAGUUAUCAUCACGAGAGUUCAUAAAUUUGCCUCCUGCUAGCACUGCAAAUUGGCGCCAACCGAGCCGGAUGCGAGGCAGCAUAGAACCUGGUACGGAAUAUGACCAUAUGAUCAUUCGACCUACGCGGCCAGUUCAAGCACAAGCUCAAACGCUUCCUCCGCCUCGAUCAACAGCUCAUAAUGUAACUAAUGAGAGUCAAGCAUUUAGCUAUCCCGUUGGUACUAACGAAACACAAGCUGGGACAAAUUCAUAGCCGGUGGCCGAGGGUCUUGGGUUGUCAGGGUCGUUUUGGUCAAUGCCUCCUGAGACAUGGUGAUAUCUGAUGACUUAGAGAUUGUAACACGCGGUUCAUAGCGAUAGGAUGCAUCACUAACACAAUCUGUCUGUAGUAACAGUAGAUAAGCCCUUUUUUGUUUUUGUUUUUUUGGUACUAACCUCUUUAGGCUUCCGGUACAUAUAUGGGGCUAGUUCUUGAUGUAGCGUAUUCUUUAGAUUCACUUCCUGUGACACAUUUAGGGUAUGGUUUGACUACUUUGACCGAUUGACGAUCACAAUAUAGCAGGUCCAGAUCAGUUUCUUCUGAACCGGGAAACUUUAGCCCACACAACCAUGUUUCUACUUUACUAGUGGCUUUGGUUCUGUGAUAUGUGUUUGGUUUUCUGUUGAAGAAUGAGAAACUUGUUGAUAGGUUCGUUACUUGCCAA